CUUUUUUUAUUUAUUUAUUUUUAUCAUACAAAAUAAAAAGAAUGGACGGACCGGCAUGUACAGGAUGUGAAAAUAUCAUCGAAGAGGGUUCAGUCAUUGCCUUUGGAGAUUCUUUGUUUCAUUUGAAAUGUUUUAUAUGUGCUAAAUGUGCAGAACCAGUUGAUUGCGAAUCAAAUUUAUUGUUAUUAACAAAUGGCAGACCCGUCUGUGAAAGUUGUUCUUAUUGUUGUAAUGCUUGUAAGCAAGUGAUUCGUGAUGAGGCCAUCAUGACAGGUGAUGAGGCAUACCAUGCAGAUUGUUUUCAAUGUGUAUCAUGCAAAAAGAAAAUCGACGAUUUAGUAUUUACCCAAACAAGCAAGGUAUAAAUAAUUUUUCACAUAUGAAAUUUAAAUUUUAAUGUUACCUUAAACAAAUAAUAGGGUAUCCAUUGUACACCAUGUCAUGAGAAACGUAGGGCUGAGAA